UCCCGCCGGCCCGCGCGCCUCUCGCGAGCUUCCCAGCGCUAUUUAAGGGGCGGGGCGGCCAUAGCGCGCCCUUUGCGGUGGGGCCGCGGCGGGCGCAGGCGUCUGCGUGCUGUGCCAGCGCUGCAGGCCGGAGCUGCGGCAGAGACCUCGAAGGAUGCUGAGCUGCGGCUUAGCAAACUGAAACAUGACUGAUACAGAUGAGUCCCAGGCUUCUGGCUCCGAUUACCCUGAUGCCCAGGAGCUGAUCAGCCCCCAGCAGGAGGAGCCAUUCGAGGUGUGCUCAUGGCAAAGGAAUACAGGAGCAGAGCAGUCAAGGCAGAAGGCAGCUGCUCCUCAGGAGCCUGCAGACCAUCCCAACAGCACGUGUAAAUCAUCAGCUGCUUCAGCUGAGGUUUUACUGAUCAGCAGUGAUUCAGAAAGUGAUGUCUCUGCUGCUCGUCCUGAGUGCUCCAUUGCACCUUCCAAGCAGAAAAGGCGAUCUCAAUCUUCAAGGCAACAAGCUGAAUCUGGUACAGAAGUACCUGACAAUGAAAGCUCCUCAGAUUCUUCCCUGUCUCCCCAAAGUCCGGGGAAAUCAUUAGAAGUUCCCAAGCAGCAGAAGUCUAAAUUCAAUUUGAAGGCCAUUUUUGCCUAUCACUUCAGGGGAAGGAAGUUCAAAGCCGCCGCACACCGAAAAUACAAAAUACAGGCACGGAAGAGCAAGAAAAAGUAUGAGAGCACACACAUGCCCACAGGGAGGCCCCCACUGACAGCCUCACCUCAGGAGCAAAAGAGGAGGCUUCUAGACAGGGGUUUUCAAUUCCCUUUUGUUGAAAAACAUUAUGGGGAGAAACAUAUUCCCUUAAAGAUGGUUCUUGACUAUGAGCAAGCAGCUGCAAAGGGGUAUUUCAAGUAUAUUGAAGUACUUAAAUAUGAAGAACAUCUUAAGAAAGCUUUAAAAGCCCUUCAGGCCAGUGAUGACUUAGAAAAAGAGUGUAUGGUGUUACGGAAGCACAAGUACUUAGAUGAUGAAGGCCCCAUUUCCCCUAUUCAGGUGACAGAUGAUGAUGAAGACAGCUUGAAUUCUGAUACUCAGGAACACCUUGAUGCCAGAGUAGUGGAGAACAGCUCUUUCAUUCUAAGCAGCACAAUUCCCAAAAAAAAAAAGUCAAAGCCAAAAAGAAAACAUGCCAAACCGCCUGAAGUGAUUGAAAUAAUGGAUGAAGAAGAGGGUGCUGAAGAGAACUCUGUGCCUCUGCAAGGCUCACCUUGGUGAACAGCAGAUGGACCAGUGAGGUGGCAGUGAUCGUUCCUCAGAGACCUUUUCAUGGGCCUGUUUGGUUUAAAGCAUUGGUCUGGAGUCACUGUUCAUCUCUCCACCCAGCUGCCCAGACACAUUUGGCUUACUUUUAUGUUGUUUUGGAAGAUGAAAUACCUCUUUGUUUUCUUGCUGCAUAAGAUGAGCACACUCAGACUGCAGCAGCAGUUGUAACUACGUGGGGGCCUCCUGAGUUCUUGUGGCUGUUUGCUGACCUGAUUCACAAAUCCUUCACUUCAGUGGACAUGUGUGCAGCAUGGUAGCAAAAGAGGGCGUUCCUGUGAUGUGUGGAACAUAUUGGAAAGCCUCUACUCAAAUGAAGUGCACGUGAUGUCAGGUUCUGAACUAGCACCUUGGUACUUAGAGAAAGUGAAAAAGAAAGAAAUGCAGGCUGCCAUUUCACAAAGUCUGAAGCUGUUUCAAGGGUUAGUGUGACAUCUGAAGUUCUGCCUAAACCUUAAAGACUGAGGGCCUCUGGUCGUCAGUAGGUCAGGAGUCUCUCAGACCAAGCUUACUAAUUUGUGAAGGUUUCAGGGACUGUUUUCAACAUUACACUACUAUAUUUUAAUGGAUUGUUCAUUUUGUUAAGGGAAGAAUUUAUUGUAACCUAAGUUUGCCCAAGGAAUGUUCAUAUAAAUUCCUCAGUCAAAAAUGAGAUAAACUGGUUGACUGCUUAAACUGAUAGUUUUGCAUUGACCAGUAAGUUACACUCAGUAGGGAAUUUAUAGGGAAGAUUCUGCAGAGUUCUGUAGAUAAUUCCCAUUGAUGUUUGCUUCUCAGGUAACUUAACUUGUAAUUAAAAACUUGCUAAUAUGAAGGACCUGCUAGUGUAUCUCACCCUCUUCCUUCCCCAGAAUGUCUUGAAACAACAUAAAAUGACAUUUACUGUGAUCUGUACCAAGUACUUUCCCAGUCUGCUUCAUUUUGAUUUAUCAUAUCUUGUGUUAAUUUAUGGCACCAGAAGUGUUGAGGUCUAUCCCGAUGGGAUCUUUCCUGUAGGUUCAUGUCGUUGGAAACGCCUCACAGAAUAAACUUGUGGUUUGCCUUUACCCACUUAACUACCUGUUAGCUCUGUGGGAUAAAACUGCAAGACAAAUCUUAGAGUACAAUCUGAGAAUGCAGGAUGCCCAGUGGUAUCCUUUAGGUGUACUGCAACAUGCUUGGAAUACAAAGCAAAAAAGGAUUGAAAUGGAAAAGCUUGGUUGGAGUCAGUGUGUUCUGGGACUUCAGGUCCCAGACAUUCUGAAUUACAUGGGCUGAACUUCGUCUCUUGCCCAGGUUUUUGUGUAGGCGCCUGCCUUGUAACACAGUUUAUUUUCCUGCUUGUUUUCUGGAUGGCUUGAAACAGUCUAUUGCCCCCUUUAAUCAUGCAGGAGUGAUUAUUCUUUUUUGUUUCAGUGGCUGUAGGUGAGAAGAGAGCACUGUAACGUCUGUUAUGAAGUAACUUCUUAAACUUCAAGCAUUUUUGUGUUGUAUGGAGAGAUGCUCAACAGUUUGAUACUGAGAAGCAAUAUUUUGUUAGUUUCUUCGAGUUAAUUUCUGAGCAGAUCAGCCAGUUUUCUGCUAUACUGUUUAAAUCCCUGCAUUCUGUUCUAUAGAAAAAGGAGUUCAAAGUAAAAGAAGCAAAGUACUCGGGGAAAAGUACAAAUCUUCACACAGGAGAAUUCUGAAGCUGCUGUUUCUGUUAGUCUCUUCUCCCUCUCAGCUGCACAGCAGUUCUGUAGAGAGUACCUCUUCCUGCCUGACACCCUCUGGUGCAUGCAAGAAGCUCAAAUGUAAAAUGAGCUGUGGUGGUUGAAGGUCUGUGCACGCAGCAGCCUCCUCCUGGUGGUCAGAUGGUCAGAAAGCAGUGCAGCAUUUGGCAUCCUUGGUUUCCCGUCUGCUGUGCCUGUUAAACCAGGUGCUUGAGGAUACAGAAUGAAGUGAAUUGAAUUGCCCUGAGUUAAGAAAAAAGAUGGAAGCAAUUUGUUUGACAGGGUCUGCCACCAAGUUGCUUCUGCAUGUCAGAGGCAUGAGAAACACCAUGUGGGAGCUGCCAAAAUCCUGCUGAUGUUGAUGCAAGCCUGCUCUAAAGAACUGCACAGCUGUUCCAGACAAAGAAAGAACCAUCCCUAGAGUGUUUAUUGCAGUUUUUUGAAUUAAACAUUCACUUUAA